CCAUGAGCAACUACAGCCUGGUUCGACCCGGCCUGACGACAGCCAUUAUAGGGCACCUUCCAGCUAUUAAGCUGCGGCUACGUAGGAAAGUUCCCCAGCUAACCUUCCAGGACGUUCGCCGGGCCCGAAUUCCCUUCUAUGAAGCUCUGGCCAGUGAGCUGUACGAGGCUGGCUACACUAACGCAGCCUUCUUACUCCUUCAGCUGAUCGAAUAUGAACACGACCAUGUGCCAUCAACCUCCGAUCAAACGAUCGAAGAUAAGCGCUUGAAAAACUCGAAAAGCCUGCUUAAUUUCCUGUUCCAAUCGCUGCGGGAAACCGAAGGUUAUAAAAUCAAUCAGCAGUACGAUACCGAGGUUGAAAGUCUGCUAACGAUUGGCCAAUCGUUCGAGAACGAUAAACAUAAACACUGGAUUGCCCGGCAGUUCUUUCUAAUCAGUCUGGACCGUUGUGAAGCCUGCUGUUUGGGGGAAGAUCGAGUGGCAGCAUUGGCAAAUUAUUACUAUGGCAGAUUUCUUACCGCCAACGGCCAGCUGGAAGAGGCUCUCAAAGUGCUAGAAGCGGCGAAAAAGCUCUGUUCUACUCAAAGCUGGCCGCUAGAACAGAGUAAAAAUAUUAGAGGAUCACAGUUGUUGAUUAGCGUUAUUUUAGAACAGCUAUUUAUAGUAUAUUCGAAACUGAGCGAAAAAUACAGGAAGACAGAUUUGGAAAAGUUUGAACUUUACAUGCAGUUGAGUCAUGAGGUAGCCGUGGACUCAAAAUUGGAACAUGUUCUAUGUGACUCAUAUCUGAACUAUGGUGAUUUUUUACUAACCAAAGGAGAGCAUCGGGAAGCUUUGAACUGUUACAAAGAAUCGUCAAAAAGGGCGAGAAUUAUUUACUCGUUCGAUAAAGUGUGCAAAACGAAAAUCCGAAUGGCAGCCGCACAUCGAAGUUUAAACGAGCUGAAGGAGUGUGAGCAUUUAUUACAAUCAGCAGACAAGUUGACUGAACAUAACAGAAUGACGGAAUGUUAUGCUGAGCAAAAGCUUCUGACAGGCGAAAUCAAUUUCGGAAAUGGCCAUUUGGCGGAAGCAACGAAGGAUUUUCAAACAGCUCGAGCUGUUUACCAGAAUCUAGCAAAAGGUGACAAAAUGAUACUAGCCAGUAGUUUCGGAGCACUAGCAUCGGCGGGAAUCCAUUUCGGGAAGUUCGUAGGGUUGGUUCGACAGACGGAUUUUCAUGGACGUCUGUCCGACAACAAAACUCUCUUCAAGUUGCUACGAUGGAGCGUGGAUGGAAUUGCUCUCUGGUAAAUAAAAGAAGGAUCUCUCUGCUCUCUGUUUCAAUUUACUUUAGUUUU